AUGAAUUGGUUAUUUACUAUUGUUGUGAUUCUUUCUGCUAUUUCUAUCGGUUUUCUUGGGUCAACUUCAACAGCGCAGACAACUAGAAAGUCCAGUGCAGUGACUACCACAGUUCGUACCACAGCUCGACCCACAACCACUACAACUCGUCUAACAACUCGUCUAACAACUACCACAGCUCGGCCAACGACUACCACGACUCGGCCAACAACUCGACCAACAACUCGACCCACAACCACUACAACUCGGCUAACAACUCGUCUAACAACUACCACAGCUCGGCCAACAACUACCACGACUCGGCCAACAACUCGACCAACAACUUCUAUAACCCGUCCGACGACCAGCACGACUCUCGUUACAAGUAGUACUACUCGCCUUACUGGCUCGACAACUCGCAUAACCAGUACGACUCGUCCAACAAGUACAACAGUUCGAUCUACAACUUCAUUUUCAAUCAUCACAACACGCCCGACAACAACUCGACCUACAACUCCAUUUACGAUCACCACGACCCGUCCUUGGGUGAGCACAAGUCGUAGCACUUCAUUUCCCGUUUCUACUCGUACAACGUCCAGAAGUUCUACGAAGUUGACUAGUACUCGUUCCACAACGUAUCAUCCUUGGUCAAUCGAUUGUUAUUAUUGUAGUACACUAAAUUGUCCAACACCUUUUAAUUCUAUGAGUGCAAGCGUUGAAUUGGAACACUCAAGAAAUGGAUGGUGUGUGAAAUCAAGUUCAAUUAAAUCUCAAGAAAGUUUUUACAGUCGUGGUGCUGAUUUAUAUAAUGUUUGCUCGGCAACUGGAUGUUCAUGGAAAACGGUUGGAGGAUUACGAACGUGGGUUUGUUGUUGUAAUAAAUCAUUAUGUAAUGGAGGUAUUUCAUUAUUACAAUCGAAUUCAAUAAUUAUCCUUCUGAGUUUAUCAAUUAUUUUUACAUUAGAAAAAUUUCUUUAA